AUGACCGAAGUUUGUAUGCUUACCCGCUGGCACUUUACAGCUGACACUAUCAAACAGAUCAGAGUUCCUCAUCCAAAUUAUCCAGGUUACCGUCAGCUUGAGUACAAGGACAAGAUCAACAGCACCAUGGAUAACUUCGAAUUGGUCAUGGACUUUGGAAAUGCAAGUUUAAUCUUAAUUUAUUCGACGAGUUUUCCAGAAUAUUCAAGUGUUUGUUUAUGAUGACAGCUAUCGUUUGUUGUUCCAUGAAUUCGUGGCUCUUUAUCAUCAGAGUUCCUCUCAAUUAAUCCGCAUUCUUUGUGACCUUCAUCCUGAGAGAUUGAGACCUGAACAGCUUCUCUUUAUGGACAUGUUUUGUGAUGGAGACUUUGAGGAGGUUAAUGUACCUAAUGGCACAGUCAAGUUGAAUUCUAUAGUCUCUGUAGCAUUUCUCUCAGAAGAAGUGAGUUUGGCCGUUUAACUUCAAAUAUUGUUGAUGAUCGAUUUUACGAUUUUUUCUUAAUUGCAGGUUUCGAAUAGCACAAUCUCCUUGACGCCUUGUGUGGAUUUGCCUGAUUUUUUUUAUUCCGUUUCUUUGACCAACCUCUUGAGAGGGUCUAAAACUUCACGAGUUAUUGAGAAAAUGGAGGCUGGCUGUAAUCUGGCAGACCAAGAAAUUAAAGAGUUAGCCGAGCGCGUAUCUAAAAUACUUUCAGACUAUUAUUCCCGGUAAGAAGUCAUCGUAUGGAGACAGGGUGGUUCAGCAGGGGUUUCCAACAUUAUUUCAAGUAUUUCUCUGCCAAUAAUGCAUUCGAAAAUAUUCGAGUCUGUGGCUAAAUUUAACUUUUAUAAAUAACUGAAAAGGUUGAUGACAGUCAUCUGGUGAAUGUGGGCCUUCAUAUUUGGUGGGCAAAAAAUGGGGUGCCUCGGCUUUAAUUUGAUAUAAAUUUUAUAGAAAUUGGUGUGCAUUAUUGCCGGAGAAAUAAUUGAAAUAAAGUUGGAAGCUCCGGCUGAAACCCCCCUGUAUAAAAGGAAUUCAGACGGGUCCCAUUCAAGGCCGAGAUUGAAAUGUUCCUUCGUCAUCUAUUUGUUGGUCUUCCACAGAAGAGUGCCGUAUGUCUUCUAGAAAGGUUUUAGUGUUAAUUUAGGCAUCCAUCUCUGCUAAAAUUGUUCCAUUACUUAUCAACUUAUGCAGUAACCGUUUCUCAAUCCGCAGGGGUCGUUUUACUCGAUUGAUCAAUCACCAGGUCAGACUUAUGAAUCAACCAAUCAACGAUGGUCCCCGAAUAGUGUUCAGAAUUAUUGAUUGUGAUGGAACGUCAGAUAGAGUGGUUUCCUUCCACCGUCCUCUUCAUUACAAUCUCUUCAGAUGCUUGACUGUUGUUUGUACUGAGAUGGCCAGUUCAUUCGAAGCUAGUGAUAUUCAUCGGUUGGGCAUUUAUGAUAAUCAUCAGAUGAUUGAUCAACUCCCGGAUGCCCAAAUCCAACCACAACAAAAUGAAUUCUUUGUUCAAUUCAAACACGUAAGGGAAUUGUGGACAAUUAACGUUUUGUAGCCUCUUAUUCGGUGCGUUGUCUACGAUGAGAACUAUCAUGUGAUGGUGUCGACCUUCUUUCCAUUCACUGACCCUUCUGUGGAGGAAUUGUUGUUUCUGGUUCAGCUUAAAUCUGAAGGAAAAUUAGAUUUUGGAGAAAUGGUCAGAAUGGAUGCAGUCAAGGAUAACGACAGUGUUGAGGUGCUGGGAAGAAACGAAUUACCUAAGGGCUUCGAUUAUAUCUUCAUCCAAAUGAAGAGCAAAUCUCAGAAUAAGCGCGACAGUCAAGCGUCUUCUAGGAAAGGCGAUAGAAUUGAAGAAGAGGAAAAAAGACGGAAGUUCAUAAAGAACUUUUGGAAUGACCGUGUGGUUAUCAGCACUGUAGCCGAUCCAUAUAUGCACAAAGAAAAGGCGAUCACAGAAAUCAUCACUAAACCUGAGCCCGCUACUAAACCAAAGGGAUGGAAGAAUGUGGGUUAUGUGCCUUAUUUUCAUAUUAUUAUAGGUAUCAUCUGACAAAAAAUCAGCUAUGGUUAAUGCAGACCCUGAGAAUAAUAUCACCGUUUUCUGCAUCUCUCACGACCUGAUUCUUCUUGAGAAGUGUUUUUUUCCUGAGGCUAAGCGCGUGCAAGAACUGAAGAGGGAGUUAUGUUCAAAAUCGGGGUGUCCGGAGUCUAAAGUGAUUGAGGUUCGGUUGGCGGAAGAGCAGAACACAAAGGUGAAUCUUAGUCUGGUCUCGGAUGACACUUUGGUGGGUGUUGGAGAAGUUGUUGUUAUGCAGGUAUACGUUGGGGAUGUAAGUGAUCUGUAGGAUUGAUUAAAUGUCUGUUUAGUCGCAAUUCAUCGCUCAUUCGGAUGAUCUCUUACACGAGUUGCCACCACAUCUGAAAAACUCAAAGUUUCGUGAGGUUCUGGGUUCAAGGAUUACAGAAACGGAUUCCGAGGAAAUCAUAAAGGCAUUAGAAAGAGGACAGAGUUUAGAUAAGAAGAUGAAAACACAGAUGGUAAAGACAAUUGUGACCGAGAUUUCUAAUAUUGUCUUUGGGUAUGAUUUACAUCUCAAUAACUUUUCUUUUAGUCGGCGUCCAAGAACCAAGGAAUAUGAAUUACUUUUGGCUGCCAUUGCCAGAGAAUAUCCAAAAUUUGAUAAGGUAGCGAUGGCGAAAAAAAUUUUUUUAUGACGUAAUGUUUAGCAACAAUUGUUCGAAUACGAAGGUGCUGGAUGGGGUCAUCCCUUCCUCCACACUGGUAAUUCCAACUUCCAAAGUCGCCAGAAGUCGUAUUGCCGGAUAGUUCAAUUGCUCAUGAAUACGAAGAAGGCCGUCACUACACCUAAUGUCAGACGAAGCCGAGUUUACACUCCGAGAAAGCGGAAACCGCAACCAGAACGUAAGAGUUGGAAAUUGUCUGUUCAACGUUAUGUUAAUUGUUGUACCGGGUGAUCCAAGGAGUCCUUCCUAGUUUGUACUUAUAUGGAAUAAUUAUGGGUACCUUGAUAGAUUGGGUUAAACAACAGUCUUGUAAUCUUGAGCCCAAUUUUUCGGGGUUACAAAAUUAUUCUUUUUGCAAAUUUUUCGGACCGUUUGCUACACAAACGAUGUAAAUAGGACUUUAUGGACUUUUUUUCAGCUGAUAUGGCAUCUUUUUGUUUCUACGAAGCCGCUCAAGCACUCCUUAACAUUGUUGAUCGUGUCGUUCAAGAUGAAGAAAACGCUUUGCCGGCAGACUCGCUACCUCAAAAGAAAGCCGGGAAAGAAAGUUUGGGAUCCCAAGGUACCUCGAAAGAGCUUUACAAGUUCAACUAUUCUAAUCCAUCGCUACGUUGA